CUGACUUUGAGGAGUCUCCAUGUCCAACGCACAAUUCUUCUGUGCCCGAAAUCAGCAUCAUUAUCCCAAACCAAAAGAUUGGCUGACGAAUCGUAACUAUGAACAGAACGACGUUGAGGCGAUGGAGGUCGACAAAGCCACUGAGGCUAAAUCUCGCAAGGAUCGUCCUACUGGAUCAAUCCAUUUCGGCGACACCGACUUUGACGUUGACGAGCAAGUUGGGGACGCUACAUGGGCCGAGGUAUGCAACGCCUGUUGUGUCCACUCCGGACAGGAAUGGGCAAUGAUCGCUCUUGGAAUCUUCCUGGUUUGCUUCUUCCUCUACUUCUUCCUGUUGGGUCUUGACCUGCUUGGAAAUGGUGCAAAGGUCAUGUGUGGAUGCACUGCCGGAGAGUUGUUCGGCGACGACACGAAUCCCAUCGCUGGUCUAAUGGUUGGUAUUCUUGCGACUGUAUUGCUUCAGUCGUCUUCAACAACUACCUCGAUUGUUGUGUCUUUGGUCGGAUCCGCUGUCUCCGUCCGCCAAGGAAUUUACAUGAUCAUGGGAGCGAAUAUUGGUACUUCAGUCACCAACACAAUCGUCGCUAUGGGCCAAAUGGGCGAUGGGGAUCAGCUCGAGCGUGCUUUCGCUGGUGCCACCGUCCACGAUAUGUUUAAUUUCUUGUCAGUGGCCAUACUUCUUCCUGUAGAAGUCAUCACAGGAUACCUCUAUCGGCUUACUAAGGCUAUGGUCAAGAAUGUCAAUCUCGAAGACGGUGAUAGCUGGGACGGUCCUAUUAAAAAGAUGGUUGAUCCUCUGACCGAUAAGAUCAUCAUUUCCAACAGCAAGAUUAUCAAAUCUGUGGCUUUGGGUGAAGCGACCUGUGAUGUGGGUGGUGGAUUUUACCCUAUGAACUGUACAGAAGACACAUACUUGGGUUGUGGCAAGGCAUUUGGACUCAUUUCGUGCAGUAAGACGAGCGGCGAUUGCCCUGCUUUCUUUCAAGGUGAUGCUUCCGCAAAAGAUGACAAGGUCUCUGGGGGUGUUGUCUUUUUCAUUGCUAUUGUCAUCCUGUUUGUAUGCCUUGCCGGGCUUGUUACUGUUCUUCAGAAGUUGCUGCUUGGAAUGUCCACUCGCGUUGUCUACAAAGCCACUGACAUUAACGGAUAUCUUGCGAUUGCUAUUGGCGCUGGUCUCACUAUGAUUGUGCAGUCCUCCUCCAUUACUACGUCCGCUUUGACUCCGUUGGUUGGUAUGGGAGCGCUUCGUCUUGAGCAAAUGUUACCUCUUACACUUGGUGCCAAUAUUGGUACAACGCUGACUGCCAUUUUGUCUGCCCUUGUGUCUGCAAGCAAGGAUUCGCUCCAGGUUGCCCUUGCCCACUUGUUCUUCAACUUGACUGGAAUCCUCAUCUGGUACCCGGUGCCUUUCAUGCGUCAUGUCCCUCUCGAGGCAGCUCGUAGACUUGGAAAAUUGACUCGAGUCUGGCGUGGUUUCCCCAUUGUUUACAUUGCGGUGAUGUUUUUUCUCAUUCCGCUUCUUCUGCUCGGCCUGUCGUCUCUUUUCGAUGAUGGCAGCAAGGGUUUCACUGUCCUGGGAUCCUUCCUUACCAUCCUUCUGUUCCUUGUCAUCAUUUACACUGUCUACUGGUGCCGUUACAAGGACGGUCAGCAGAAGUGCGCAAACUGCAUGGCGGAGCGUGAGAAGAAGCGCGUUGUGAUUAAAGAGCUCCCUGAGGAUAUGGCGUACCUGAAGGAGCACAUGAAGCGCCUCAUUGAACACACUGGACUCCCCGAAGACGAAGAUGUUCCGGCCAAGGAUGAAUCUCCUGAUACUUCGGAUGCUGAGGUUGAUGCCUAAGCACCAAACAAGAGGUCGAUAUCGCCGAAUAUUGGUUAGAGGUCCCCUUUUGAUUAUCCGUUUAGUAUAUAUAGUAUAUACAACCUGUGCCAAGACCAUAGUUCUCGCAGAUUCUGCUUGAGAAUAAAAUAACUUGGGAAUGUUUAUCUUA